GAACCUGGAUGAGCGAGACAGCGUGACCUCCCACCCCUGAUGACACCGUGGAAGGUGUCGCCCAGUAGCUACGUCCAUGAAGAGUUUUCUGUUUCCUUCGUUGCCCCUUUCCUAAUUGCGCGGUCAGCCUGAACGCCGGAAUGAUAUGGGGUGAGAGGGGUGUCGUCUCCGAGAACGUGUCGUCUCGGGUAUAUAUAAGGAGAGCAACGGCACUCGCAAUAGCGUCGCUCGGUCUUCAGUGCCAUCGCAUCUUCCGUCACGUAAUCGAAUACCAUCGUUCGCCAGCUUGACAAUGAAGUCCCUGAUCCUUGUCCUCACCGUUGUGGCCUCCUGCUGCGCCGUGUUGGUUCGUGCCGGAGCCGUAGCACCGCUCUUAGCCCCUGCACCCGUGGCAGCAGCUCCCGUACUAGCCGCACCUGCCCCCGUUCUAGCAGCACCCACCGCCGUCUCGUACCAGUACUCGCACAAGGUGCACCAUCCCGUGGUUGCCGCCUACCCGUACGUCGCGCCACUGCCUUACGUUGCGGGCUGAAGAAUGCUGUGAUGAAGAUGUUCUUCAACCGCAGAACGUCCACAAAGUCUUAACGGGGUACAAAUAAAAUGAUGGUUUACUCACUUCUAAAACUGGCGUAUCGUUU